AUGGCGCAGAGAUCCCUCUACCUCGCAGGCCUGGCACCCCUACUCUUCGCAAUCCUCUACUUCCAACUAGGCAACCUCACCACCCUCUUCAACCAUGCCACCCAAAUCCUCAGCCAGCAGCCCUUACCCACCAAACCCCCCAUCAUCAUGGCCGCAACCCCGGCCUUCAGCCACAUGGAAAAAAUCACCACAAUAACCCAAGGCCUCAUCUCCCGCGGCUACCCCGUACACUUCAUCUCCGGCCCCGAAUUCCAGGACUACAUCGAAUCAAUCGGCGCAACGUACAUCGGGAUCGAAGGCCAAGGCCCGCAAAUCAUGUCUGGAGAAGACCUAGGCCAGUUUAUUAGUCUGCAGGGUGAUGAACAGGAGGUUUUUGCUUUUAAAAAUAUCUUUAUCAAGACGAUUCCGGCGCAAUACCGCACGCUGCAACGUACGUUCCGGGAAUUUCGAGAACAGUAUGGAGAGGAGGAGAAGAUGGUAUUCCUCUUCGAUUGUACAUACGGCGGCCUUGCACCCGUUAUACAUGGCGCACCUGGUAUCCGGCCUGAUGCUUCCAUCGCUAUAGGUCUAGCUCCGUAUGCAGCAGCCAGCAACGACACCUUCCCCUUCCGCUCGGGGAAAUACCCAGACACCAGUCCUGAGAGCCAGAAGGUGCAUUUUGAAGCCCAGCAAGCGCAUCGCAGGGAACAUCCGAUUGACACGCCUGUUAACGCGGCUGUCGAUGCUCUGCUGCUGGAAAUGGGCGCUACGACACCGACGCCGAGUUUGUACGAUAUGAUGAUGCGCGCUUCAGAUGUGUAUCUGCAAUACGGGAUCCCGGCUUUCGAAUGGGAACGUAGCGAUUGGCGUCCGCAUCUCAGGUUUAUGGGCGCGCCUGUUGCGGUGGGUAUUGCUGAACAUAGUCUGCCUGAGUGGUGGGGCGAUGUGCUUGAAGCGAAGGCUGCGGGGAAGACGGUUGUGGCUGUGUCUUCUAGUAGUGUGGUAUAUGAUACUAAUGCCCUUAUCAAACCGGCGUUGGAAGCGUUUGGAGGGAGGGAAGACGUUUUUGUUGUGGCCACGUUGGUUACGUCUGAUGUGGAGAUGUUGGAUCUCGCCAUACCGGCGAAUGCGAGGGUAGCGAAGUUUAUUCCGUUGGAUUUGGCGCUGCCGGACGUUGACGUCCUAGUCACGAACGGCGGAUACGGCACCAUCCAACAGUCGCUCCGCGCAGGUGUACCUAUGAUCGUCUCGGGUAACGGACAAGAUAAACUGCAUACAGGCACUCUGAUCAACUACAGAGGCUUUGGUAUCUACCAUGCUUUACCGCAAGUAACGCCGGGACUGCUGACGGAGACUUUCGACAAGAUUACGGGCAACGCCACAUACAAGCAGAGGCUCGAUACCAUCAAGAAGGAAUACGAGAGGUAUAACGCGGUGGAUGUUGUCGAGGAUACGAUCAAGAAGGUAGUCAAUGGUGAACUGGUCUUCUAG